GGGGACCUCUCGGAGAUCCGCCGCUUCUUCCUGCAGGACGGCGCGGUCGUCCCGGAUCCCACGGUGAGUGUCGGCGGCGACACGUUCGACCGUCUGAGCGACGGCUUCUGCGCCGCGCAGAAGAAGGCCUUCGGCGACGAGAACACGUUCGAGGCCCGCGGCGGCCUCGCGGCCGUCGGCGACCAGAUGGACGCGGGCAUGGUCCUCGUCAUGUCGCUCUGGGACGACCACGACGUCGACAUGCUCUGGCUCGACAGCACCUACCCGGCGAACGCCACGGGCCCGGGCGCCGCGCGCGGCUCGUGCGCGACGGACACGGGCAAGCCCGCGGACGUCGAGGCGAACCAGGCCGACGCCUACGUGACCUUCUCCGCCAUCAAGGUCGGCGCGAUCAACUCGACCUUCGCGCCGCCGACGGGCCACGUCUGCAAGAAGGCCGGCUGCAACGUCUGCGCGGCCUGCUGCCAGGACUACAUCGGCGACUCGGACUGCGACGCGUGCGUCGCCGCGCAGUGCGGCGCCGCGGGCGGGCCCGCCUUCGCGACCUUCUAG